AAUCCAUUCGAGGAGGAGCUGCUGAAACCGAAAGCAACCGAUUACUGUGAAGACGCCAUUUCGGGAGAUAGAAAAUCAGCAAUCGCUUCACAUGUGACAGGCCUUUAAGUAAAGUGUCACAUCAAGGAGGAGGAGAACAGUACCUCUAAAAUGAGUGUGUGUGAGGAAAGAGAGGAGGAGGAGAACCGUAGGCCUACCUGUAAAAUGAGUGUGUGUGAGGAGAGAGGGGAGGAGGCGUCUGUUCACACUCAGAGGGCAGCAUCUCCAGUAUCCAGCUGUGUGUCCAUGAAGAGUAACAUCUCCUUGCGUGAACCCCCUUAUCUCAGUGAUGGACAAUCUUCAGGAUUCAGCUGUGUGUCCAUGAAGAGUAACAUCUCCAUGCAUGAACCCCCUGAUCUCAGUGAUGGACCAUCUCCAGGAUCCAGCUGUGUGUCCAUGAAGAGUAACAUCUCCUUGCGUGAACCCCCUAAUCUCAGUGAUGGACCAUCUCCAGGAUCCAGCUGUGUGUCCAUGAAGAGUAACAUCUCCUUGCGUGAACCCCCUAAUCUCAGGGAUGGACAAUCUCCAGGAUCCAGCUGUGUGUCCAUGAAGAGUAACAUCUCCUUGCGUGAACCCCCUAAUCUCAGUGAUGGACCAUCUCCAGGAUCCAGCUGUGUGUCCAUGAAGAGUAACAACUCCUUGCGUGAACCCCCUAAUCUCAGUGAUGGACCAUCUCCAGGAUCCAGCUGUGUGUCCAUGAAGAGUAACAUCUCCUUGCGUGAACCCCCUAAUCUCAGUGAUGGACCAUCUCCAGGAUCCAGCUGUGUGUCCAUGAAGAGUAACAUCUCCUUGCGUGAACCCCCUAAUCUCAGUGAUGGACCAUCUCCAGGAUCCAGCUGUGUGUCCAUGAAGAGUAACAUCUCCUUGCGUGAACCCCCUAAUCUCAGGGAUGGACAAUCUCCAGGAUCCAGCUGUCUGUCCAUGAAGAGUAACAUCUCCUUGCGAGAACCCCCUAAUCUCAGCGAUGGACCUGCUGUCACCUCUGCUGGUGGGAGAGCUGAGCAAAUCCGAUAUGUGUCCUGUCAGACCAGCACAUCCUCCUCCUGUCAGAAACCCAUCAGUCGUCAUGACACAGAAGCAGCCCUGCAGCUCGAUUCUCACCAGCCAGUGCAUGAUGAUCUGCAGAGAGUCAAAGAGCAGCACAAAACCAGCAUGAAGAACAGAUAUGAGAGCGUAUUUGAGGGAAUCAAACUACAAGAGAAUCAGACUCUCCUGAACAGGAUUUACACACAGCUGUACAUCAUAGAGGGAGAGAGUGAAGGAGUGAAUGAUGAACAUGAGGUGCGACAGAUGGAGAAAAGGCACAAGAACCUCCAAGACACUCCAAUCAACUGCAACGACAUCUUUGAUCCUUCACCUGAACCAGGAUAUGAGGAGAAGAGAAGAGAGAAGAAAGACAAAAUCAAGACUGUUCUUACUAAAGGCAUCGCUGGAAUCGGGAAAACCGUCUCUGUGCAGAAGUUCAUUCUGGACUGGGCCGAGGGAAAAGCCAAUCAGGAUGUAGAUUUCAUGUUUGUGCUUCCAUUUAGAGAGCUGAACUUGAUUAAAGAUCAUCAGUACAGUCUUCACAGACUUCUGCUUGACUUUCAUCCUGAACUUCAAGAUCUAGACUCAGAGAUUUAUGAUGAAUGUACAGUUGUGUUGAUCUUUGAUGGUCUGGAUGAAAGCAGAUUGACACUGAUGUUUUCAGACAGUGAGAAAGUUUCUGAUGUGACUGAGUCUUCAUCUGUGGGUGUGUUGAUGUCAAACCUCAUGAAAGGAGAUCUGCUUCCCUCAGCUCUCAUCUGGAUCACCACCAGACCAGCAGCAGCCAAUCAGAUCCCCUCCAAAUACAUCAACCGUGUGACAGAAAUUCAGGGAUUCAAUGAGCCUCAGAAGGAGGAAUAUUUCAGGAAGAGAAUCAGUGAUGAGCAUCAAGCCAGCAGAAUUAUCUCUCACAUCAGAAGAGCAAGAAGCCUCCACAUCAUGUGUCACAUACCCGUCUUCUGCUGGAUCUCAGCCACUGUGCUUCAAAACAUCCUGAAACAAGAUCUCAGUGCAGAAAUCCCUCAAACUCUGACUGAAAUGUACAUACACUUCCUCCUCAUUCAAACUCAUAUGAGGAACCAGAAGUAUGAAGAGAGAGGUCCAGAGAAACUCCUGCAGUCCAACAGAGAAGUGAUUGUGAAACUUGCUGAACUGGCUUUCAAUCAGCUGAUGAAGGGCAAUGUGAUGUUCUAUGAGGAGGACCUGAUUGAGAGCGGCAUAGACGUCACUGACGCCUCAGUGUAUUCUGGGAUUUGCACUGAGAUCUUUAGGGAGGAAUCUGUGAUUCAUCACAGGAAGGUUUACAGCUUUGUACAUCUGAGCUUUCAGGAGUUUUUUGCAGCACUGUUUGUGUUUUUCUGUUAUUUACACAAGAACAGUGAAGUUCUGAAAAUGUUCCUAUCAGGGAAGUUCAGAACUCAGUGUGAGAUUGUUUCUCUGGAUGUGUUUCUGAACGGAGCAGUGAAUAAAGCUUUGAACAGUAAAAAUGGACACCUGGAUCUUUUCCUUCGAUUUCUUCAUGGCAUCUCACUGGAGUCCAACCAGAGACUCUUACAGGAUGUGCUGAUUCACACAGAGAACAACCCAGAGAGCAUCAAGAAAAUAAUCCACAACCUUAAAAAAUCAAAAAAUCAAAAAAACAAAAAAGACAGUGUCAGCCCUGAAAGAUGGAUGAAUCUGACGCACUGCUUGAUUGAGAUGAAGGAUAGUUCUCUUAUUGAAGAAAUGCAAGCAUUUUUACAAUCUGAUACAAAUAACAAAAACCUUUCUCUUGCACAAUGUUCAACUUUGGCAAACAUGAUCUUAAUGUCAGAGGAGGUGAUGGAUGAGUUUGACCUUAAAAAGUUUAACAUCAGAUCAUCAAAGGAGAGUCAAAGGAGACUGUUACCUGCUCUGAGGAACUGCAGAAAAGCUCUAUUAACAGACUGUAAUCUCAGUGAUCAGCACUGUGAAGUUGUGGCUUUAGUUCUACAAUCAUCAAACUCUCUGAGAGAACUGGACCUGAGUAACAAUGACCUGCAGGAUUCAGGAGUGAAGCUGCUCUCUACUGGAUUAAAGAGUCCAAACUGUCAACUCAACAAAUUGAG